AGCACAUAAAUCGGCCAAAACAUACGAUUCUAGCCUUCUAGCCUUAUCUCUAUCCCUCACUGGUUUCAUCUCUCUUUGCGUUUCCACUUCUUCUUCUUCAUUGAUGGUCAUGGCCUCACUUAUGAUAAUGGGUACGCUACCAAUUGCAUUUCCACGACAACUUUCCUUCUCUCGAACUGAAGUCCUGGGUCUCUCCAUUUCUUCUACUGCCCCAGUUUCCGUUUCAUUCUCGUCUCCAAUUUCAGUUCCAUCAGUCUACUGUGGUAGAGGUGAUAGAAAGACUGCAAAAGGAAAACGAUUCAACCAUUCCUUUGGAAAUGCAAGGCCAAGGAACAAGAACAAGGGAAGAGGACCACCUAGGGUACCAGUAGCACCUUCUACUUCUCCACCUAAGAAAGAUAAGUAUGAAGAUAAUGAGAAGAUUAAGAUUGAUAUCGACGAGUCAUUGUUUGAUGGUUGAGUAAGUGCGUACUUCUUUUGAUUCAUAUGUGUUUUCAUGUAAUUUCUAAUGUGCGUAUGAAAGAUUUCUUCCUGUAUGAAUUGUCAAAUGUGACUAUUGUUGAACAAUUAUCGUUUAUUUUGUUAGUGUUUGUUUUGCGCACUAUUUUGCAUUUUAAGUAUUUGAUUAUAUGCCUGAACUGAAUCUCCACUGUAGUGUAGAAGAAUUAAGAAAC